AUGACCCUCGUCAACUUCAUUACUAUCAGCCGGGGUUUGGACGCAUACCACCUCGAUUUGGCAGGCCAGCAAUGCCCUGCUGUUCAUCGAGAAACCAUGAACGUUGAUCAUUCGCGAAUUGAAGCAGACCCCCCAAACCCGGCUAGUGCGCUCUCUGAAGCUAAGAAUGGCCUCCCCGACGAAAAUUGGAAUACGUCUCAGGACGUCGAGGAGGUCUGGUUCGCUGGAUGGCAUUCGGACAUUGGCGGCGGAUUGAAUGACGGCGAAUAUAAAGCACUGAGCCAUGUGCCAUUAGUUUGGAUCGUACAGGAGGCGCAGCGUGCGGGGUUUCAAUUUGACCCUGAAAAUAUGAAACUCUUCCAUUGCUUUGAUGAUCCAGCUGGCUAUAGCGAUCUUCCGGAUCAUCUGGAAACAAGCGCUGGCGGCUAA